UGGGCGGUCCGAGUCCCGACCUCGCUACUCUGGCUGCACCUCCGGCUGGAAGGCACACGUCUCCUAAGCCUUCUCCUCCAGAGCGUCGCGGUCGGCUGGGUGCUCCCCUUGCAGCCACCGGAGAGUCCUUACGCUUCAGCUUGGGGCACCAUGCCCAACGACGACGCAUACAGCAAGCCCUCGGCACCGUCCGAGGCCCCGCACGCCCCGCAGGGCAAGGCCGGGGGCUUUGGCAAAGCGGCGGGGCCGCUGCUCGGGACCGCGGGUGGCGCGGGCGCCGGGGGUAGCGGCGGCUCCGGCUCGGGGGCGUCGGGCAUGGGCGCCGCCGCGAGCAAGAAGUCCCCGCGGCUGCCCAAGUGCGCGCGGUGCAGGAACCACGGCUACGCGUCGCCGCUCAAGGGCCACAAGCGCUUCUGCAUGUGGCGGGACUGCCAGUGCAAGAAGUGCAACCUGAUCGCAGAGAGACAGCGCGUGAUGGCCGCGCAGGUGGCCCUGAGAAGGCAGCAGGCCCAGGAGGAGGAACUGGGGAUCAGCCACCCCAUCCCGCUGCCCAGCGCGGCCGAGCUGCUCGUCAAGAGGGAGACCAAUGGCAGCAACCCCUGCCUGAUGACCGAGAGCGGCAGCGGCGCCUCGCAGCCCCCGCCGGCCAGCACCCCCACCACCGCAGCUUCAGAGGGACGUAUGGUCAUCCAGGACAUUCCUGCUGUCACCAGCAGAGGGCACGUGGAGAACACACCUGACCUUGUGUCUGACUCCACCUACUACAGCAGCUUUUACCAGCCGUCGCUGUUCCCUUACUACAACAACCUGUACAACUACCCGCAGUACUCCAUGGCCUUGGCUGCGGACUCCUCUCCCGGGGACGCGGGAAGCCCCCUCGGGGGGUCCCCUGUGAAGAACAGCCUUCGAAGCCUCCCAGCGCCUUAUGUGCCUGGUCAGACAGGAAACCAAUGGCAGCAGAUGAAAAACUCGGAGAACCGCCACGCAGUGAGUUCCCAGUACAGGAUGCAUUCUUACUACCCGCCUCCUUCCUACCUGGGCCAGAGCAUGUCCCAGAUCUUCACUUUUGAGGAUGGCCCCUCCUACUCGGAAGCCAAAGCGAGCGUAUUCUCGCCACCUAGCAGCCAAGAUUCGGGCUUGGUUUCCCUCUCCAGCAGCUCUCCUAUCAGCAACGAGAGCACAAAGGGAGUGCUCGAGUGCGAGCCCGCCUCGGAGCCCAGCAGCUUCGCGGUCACUCCCGUCAUCGAGGACGACGAGUAAGCGUUUGGCGUUCAUUUGGAGCCGCAGGCUUGUUCCAUUCAUACACAGGGUUUGUUGUUAACAUUUUGCUUUUUGACUUACGUUGCCAACUUAACUGUUGAGGAUGCAUUUGGUUUUUACUCCGUAGAGCUUAGCCCAGAGGCUAGAACACAUUUGGAAUAGUUUAGGAUCUGUGACUGCUAUCUGCAACAAUUAAGUGCUUUGCUCACGGAGUUCAAUCUCAGAUAGUUGUUGUGCCCCUCAUUUUUUAUGACACUAGUUUACAUGUAGUUUUCAAGAAGUACAAUAAUUCACUCAAGCAGAGCAGUACACUUGAAUCUAAAUGUGUCAUAAUUAGAUAUUAUAGUUUUAAAAUGAAAUCCUAGGUGCCUUAGGUUUUUUGAAAUUUAGUAUUUUAAUACAACUGCAAAAAUAUAAAUUUAGCCAAAAUACCUGACUGGUGAGAAGAGCAGACAGUUAGUGAUUAUUUUUGAAAUCUGCAGAAGGUUAGAGGAAAUAGAAAUACUGUAUGUUUGUGUUGCUGUUGGAAAAGCCAAGCCCCAUCCCAUCCCCUCAAAUCCAAAACAUGACUGAAAUAUAGUCAGAAGGAAAAAUUAAUGCCUUUGAGAAUUGCUGCCUUUUCUGUAAAGGGUAAUUUGAAAGCAGUACAAUUUAAAGUAACCCUAGUAAUGCAGAAAUUUCCUGUGUGUUUCUUCAGAAUAAGAGUUUACGAUACAUAUUCUACUACAAGAAAAAAAUGGAUGCAAUCUAGAUUAUUUUGUAACGUUAGGUUGUAAGCUGAUUUGAAAAUAAGUACAUCUUUAUAAGUUACUACAGAUUUCUGAGUUCAUUAUUUUGUUAAAAAUUGCUUGUGAAGUACUUCCUUAUGUAACAGAAGCCAUCCUGAAAUGAAACUAGUCUAAAAAAAAUUUCAUUGUUCUGUGUAGUUGCAGCUGUACCUGAAAUAAAAAUGUUAUUGAUGACUGAA